GGCACUCUCGCGCACCUCGGGUCAACGCCCAACGGCCGGCCGUGCCGUGUAGUUUAUCUGGGCAGGAAUUUCGCAACAGAUCGAACCAGUAGAGCCGCCAAUCCCCGUGCAUAUGGCGUCAUCGGCGGGGCAUCGUCGUCGGGGCAAGAACAGGCCCAAAAAGAAGAAGAAAAUGGCCGGACCAACAACCGUGCAGGAUCUCCCCGACCAUCUCUUCGAGCUCAUCCUCGUCCGCCUCGGCCCGUCCCCGUGCCUCGUCCGCGCCGCGGCCGCGUGCAAGCGGUGGUGCCGCGUCGCUGCGAAUCCCGGCUUCCUCGCCCGCUUCGGCCCGCAGGCACCGCACGUCGGCGACUACCACACCGACAAAGGCGGUCAACCUCUCUUCGUCCCGUCCUCGCCGGCCGUCGUUGACCGCAGCCGCUUCUCCCUCGACUUCCUCCCGGACAUCGCGUCAUGGGACAUCGUGGAGAGCCGCGGCAGCCUUCUCCUCCUAUGCGAUGGCGGCGAUCUUAUCGUCUGCGAGCCGCUCACCGGACUCUACCAGGGGAUCCUCUGGCCUGGCGUGUUCCGUCGUCGCCUUGGCGUGUUCCUGCUCGACGGCGGCGACGCGGACCGCCGUGUCAGCAUGUCCAACUUCAGGGUCCUCGCUGCCUUUGACAAAUCCAUUGCCUGCAUCUUCUCCACCGGCAGCGACGGCGGUUGGCGCCUCGUGUCCAGCGCGAUCACCGGCGACAUCGAGCUCCCGUCAACGCUCCGCCCCGAAAAUUUCGUCGGGCGUGCAAAUGGCACAAUGUAUUGGGGAAUCGAAGGAAGUGACACCGCCGUACUUGCUCUCGAUGAGUCCACGGCGGAGUUCUCCAUCGCCGCAUUCCCGGAGGCCGUCUGGUGGCCAUCCCACAAAGGGGUCUCUCGGGUUGUGGGCGGCGAGGACGGCGUGCUGCAGGUCAUCCGCCUGAUAAACAACGAGCUCAAGGUCUUUGCACGGCGGCAUGCCGACAGUGACGACGACGAUGAGUGGUUGCUGGAGAUGCAGCUGGGGUUGCCGGAGGCCACCCUUGGGCUGCCGGGGCGCAAAGAGAGCUUCUUCCAGCAAGAAGCCAUGAUUGUCUCCGCGAAUGCUAGAUACGUCCUGCUGACACCGAGCGAGGAGACGUGGCUGUUCUCUGUUGAGCUGGACACGAUGCGAGUGGAGCGCAAGCACGAGAGAAACAAGUACGCCGGAGCAGCUCACCCGUACAAGUUGCCGUGGCCGCCGGCUUUGGCUGAUCAUAGCAGGGAGAGGAGGCGAUGACGGCUCUGAUCGUGUAUCAACUACGAGUAUCAAGUACGGCGUGCAUGGCAGCCGUGCUGAUCAUAGGAAAGAGGAGGUUGAUGAUGAUGCCCUGAUUGUGUAUUAAAUUUCUGAAGAUUGUCCUAUUCUCUGUAUCAUGAACAGAUUUGCACUUUCUCUAGGAAAAAAACCGGAU